UAACUGGUGUAAAUGUAGACUUAAUUCACCGCUUUAAAAUUAUAUUAAAUACUAUAAAUAGUAGUAAAAAUAUAGAUGUUGGUAAAUUCCAUACGUAUUGCAUGGACACUGCAAAAUUAUAUGUAGAGCUUUAUGGCUGGUACUACAUGCCCAUCACUGUGCAUAAAGUUCUCAUUCACGGCAGCAAAAUGGUAUCUGAGGCUAUAUUGCCAAUAGGAAUGUUAUCCGAAGAAGCGCAAGAAGCAAUGAAUAAGGAGUAUAGAAACUGUAGGCUAUUCCAUUCUCGUAAAAAUUCACGUAUUUCUACGAAUGAAGAUUUACAGAUAAAUAAAAACUCGCAAGUACAAUCGAAGAGCAUCAACGGCGAACGCAAGCGCUGGAUCCACGAUCCCACAAGUGACCUUUGUCGGCCGUUAAAUUGCAAAAAACGUGAAAUUUGCCUGUUGGAGGAUGAGUACAGCGCAGUGUGCGUUUCGAAGCGUGACUUACACAAGAAUCGUGAUGAAAUAAUCACGAAAGCCAAGUACUUGGAAGAGGAGGCGGCUAAGCGACGCGCAAACAAGGACAUCACCAACCACAACAAUAACAACAAUAACGACAAUGACAAUGAUGAUGAGGAUGCAAAGAAUUUUAGCUCCGAUGAGGAUUCCCGUGAGGACGAUGUCUUUUAUGAGAACAACAACACAGCCGGCGAUAAGGACGACGACGAGGAUGAAGACAAUUGUAAGCCCUGCCCGGUGGCUAAGCCAACUUUCUUAUGCGGCGCCGACAACCGUACAUACUCAUCGCUAUGCAGAUUGGAUUACCACAACUGCAUACAUUCAACAAUCAUAAGGAUAGCCUGCAAGGGAUUCUGUCCAUGCAAGGAAAAUACCGAUGGUAAACGCUUGCAGCGUUUGAAUGAGCGCCAGAGCGCUUUCAAUGCCAAAUAUAAGAAGACAAUUGAACAACAACAGCAGCAGCAACAACAACAGCAGAAACAACAAAUGCAACAACAACUCAUGUACAAGGACAACAGCAAUAGUAAUAAUAUUUUGGGCAACUCGAACGAUAAUUUGGACAACACUUUGAAUAGCAACAAUUUUAAUGCUAUUAUGGAUGAUAAGGAUGAUAACAAUCGGCAUUACAAUCACAUAAAUUCGCAAUUCACAUUCACACCGGAGGAAAUCAAAUACGAUAAUAAACACUAUAAGUACCUCAAGUAUACCGCCUACAAGAAGGACAGCCAAUAUCCAGAGGAUAAACAUAAAAUUCGUGGUUAUAAUGAGGUUAUCGAGAAACCACAAAAAUACAACAAAAAUAGCCUGAACAAUGGUUUCCCAUCCAAAUCGCCCGAAUGUAAACCACAACAGCUGACCGCUAUCGGCAAUCGCCUGCUUGAUUGGUUUUCUGUCAUAAUGGCUGACAGCAAGAAACGCCGUCAGCAUAGCCAAAAAUCGAAGGCGCAUUUCCCACCCGCUUGCAAGACCGAAGCUAAAUGGAUGUUUGGUCAUUUGGAUUUGAACAACGAUGGCUAUUUGUCGCUACAGGAAAUGUACGAUUUGGAACAUGAUCAGAAUGAGCGCUGCAUUAAACCAUUCAUCGAUACUUGCGAUCUUGAUCAGGACAAUUCGAUUAAUACGCGCGAAUGGUGCCGUUGCUUCGAGAAGACCGAUCGCCCAUGCGCCGCGGUUCGACGAAGAAUCGCUGGCGACUUUGCAGGCGCCUAUGCACCGGAUUGCGAUGUUCAGGGCUUCUAUAAGCCUACCCAGUGUCACAACUCCGUCGGCGUAUGCUGGUGUGUGGACAAGCAUGGAGUCGAAUUCGCCAACACACGCACCCGAGGCAAACCCAACUGUGAGUCUGUUGUGAAUAAUGCCUCAUCGCUCACCUCCGACGAUGAAGAUGAGGAUACCGACGACGAUGACAGUGCGGAAGGAAGUGCCGAUCAAAUGCUGGUAUUCUAAGCGAAAUAAAACUUAAUGGUGGCAGAGUUUUGAAAAAAAAAAACGCUCAACAGCAGGAAUGAUUUGGAGCAGAUAAAUUGGGAUUUCUUAUACAUACAUACAUACAUAUGUGUGUAUGUAUGUAGCCAAAAGCGACCGAACAACGAGUGCAAGAGGUGAAGCAACACCAGAGUGUUAAGUAAGAAAUGAUAUCUCAAACUUAUGAUUUUCAUUUACUUAAAGCAUUACUUUACACAAGUAAAAAUAUACAACAUACAUAUAUUUAAAGCAAACAGCUACAUUUACAUAAGUACAUACAUACACAUAUAUAAUAAAACAAAGAAGAAGAAGAAGAGCAAGACGAACAAGCAUUGAUGUAGAGUCAAGUAACCUUUGUAUUUACAUAAAAACGCGUAGAGAAUGCAAAACGAAAAAUAUGUAUAUGUAGGUAAUUAAAAGUGCUUGCGAUAAAAAAAAUUAACUUUAUAUUGAAAUUGAUUUUUAUAUAAAGAGAAACAGCAUAAGUAAAUAAAGAUGAAAAUUUAAACAAAAAACAAAUAGUUUAUUAGCUCAUUUUCUCACACUCAACCUCAGAUAACGUAAACUUUGUUUUCAAAUUUAUAUUGCUCGGUUUUCAUGCGCAGAUUUGCAUUCGGCUUACACUUUGAAUGCUGCCAUUGCAAAGUACAUAUUGUUAGUAUCUAAUAAGGAAUAAGUAGAAAAAUAGAAAAGAGCUGAUUAAAAGAAGUUUGCUGCAAUGCUUAUGCAGAUUUGCAAAAUUUAAGAAAUUUAAAUUAAAAAAUAUCCAGAAUCGAAUAGAAAUCGUAAAGAAUGUUAUUUUCAUUUUAAUAGAAAAGCAAAAACUGUCAGAAGGUAAAAGGCAAACAAGUGUGUAAACCUGCAAACAAAUAUAGUAAAUAAAUGCAUCAUACCUACAUACCUACACAUAUACACCUACACAUCGCCAGCGCCGGCGCCAGCUCCCCUACCAUUUAUACCAAUUCCAAAGAAAGGGAAAGCAAGCGCAAAAAAUAGCGAAGAAACGCAUCUACAUACAUACAUAGAUCCUGCUCGUAAUACGAUUAAUUUUCUUGAAUUGAAUUUUUAUGCCGUCAUUAGCUUAUAAGCUUAUAAAGUGUAGAAAAUUAGAGGAAAGCAAGUGAAAAAAGUUAAGAAUUAUAAGUAAAAAAAAACACACACCUACACACACCUAUUAAUAAAAGUCAAAAGUUACAGCAAAUUAGAGACUAAGAAGUUGGUUAUCACAUUCUCAAACACGUACAUAUGUACAUACAUAUAUAUGUAUACUCAUUUUAAAGUUUCGUACAUACAUACAUACAUAUCUAAUUGCAUAUGUAUGUAUGUACAUACAUAUAUGAUUCUAAUUUCUUUAGGUUUCACAUAAAUUAAUACUCUUCUUCGUCUGCUCAUUACAUAAUAUUAUGUAUCGUACACGCUAAAAUUCCGCCCAAUAAAUUUUGUGAUAAGUUUUUGAAAAUAAAAAA